UUCCUUAGACAUGAUGUCCUUACUACAGAAACCAGUCUCAACGUUUCUCCAAGUCCUUUUUUUUCUCCUUCUAAUGUGCUUUCCUUCUUUCUUUGCCUUUCCUCCUAAUUCCUCUGCAACUUCAUUUGGGGCUGCCAAAUAUGGAGUUGUUGAAGGUAAUAAAGAAGCGGAGGCUCUCCUAAAAUGGAAAGCAAGUCUUGAUGACAACCACAGCCAAGCUAUCCUGUCUUCUUGGGUUGGCAGCAGCCCUUGCAAGUGGCUUGGAAUCACUUGUGACAAUUCUGGAAGUGUCGCGGAUUUCAGCCUUCCACAUUUUGGUCUGAGAGGUACACUUCAAAGUUUCAACUUCUCAUCCUUCCCCAAUCUUCUCACUCUCAAUCUCUGGAACAAUUCACUCUAUGGAACUAUUCCAUCUCACAUUAGUAACCUGACCAAAAUCACCAAUUUAGACCUGUGUGAUAAUCACUUCACAGGAAAUAUUCCACUUGAGAUAGGAUUGUUAACAAGUCUCAACUUUUUGUACUUUUGUAAAAAUAAUCUCACCGGUUUGAUUCCAGCUUCUAUUGGAACUCUAAAACACUUAUUCGUUCUCUAUCUAUACAGUAACAAACUCUCCGGCUUGAUACCCCCAGAAAUUGGAUCACUACACUCUCUCAGUUCCCUUUACUUGUCAAACAAUGAUUUAACUGGUAGGAUCCCUUCUUCUAUUGGAAAUCUGAGAAACUUAUCAAUUCUUUCUCUCUCGAAUAAUGAACUCUCCGGCUUGAUACCCCCAGAAAUUGGAUCACUACAAUCUCUCAGUUCCCUUUACUUGUCAAACAAUGAUUUAACUGGUAGGAUCCCUUCUUCUAUUGGAAAUCUGAGAAACUUAUCAAUUCUUUCUCUCUGGAAUAAUGAACUCUCUGGCUUGAUACCCCCAGAAAUUGGAUCACUACAAUCUCUCAGUUCCCUUUACUUGUCAAACAAUGAUUUAACGGGUAGGAUCCCUUCUUCUUUUGAAAAUCUGAGAAAUUUAUCCACUCUUGAUCUCUCGGAUAACAAACUCUCUGGAUCCAUCCCUUCUUUUAUUGGGAACAUAACUAUGCUCACUAGACUUGGUCUGAGCAUGAAUAAUUUAUCUGGAUCUGUUCCUCGGGAAAUAGGACAACUUGAAUCCCUUGUUGAAUUAAGAUUGCACUUAAAUAAUCUCAAUGGUUCUCUGCCCCCCGAGAUGAAUAAUCUCACACAUUUGAUGGUUUUGCAUUUGUUUGCAAACAGUUUCACUGGCCAUUUACCACGAGACUUGUGCCUUAGUGGGUUACUUGUAAAUUUUUCAGCCGGCUACAAUCAUUUUUCUGGUCCAAUCCCUGAAAGCUUGCGAAAUUGUACUCGUCUAUUUAGAGUUAGGCUUGAAUGGAACCAAUUGACGGGGAAUAUUUCUGAAGAUUUUGGCCUCUACCCAAACUUGAACUAUGUGGACCUAAGUCACAAUGAUUUGUAUGGUGAGCUUACAUGGAAAUGGGGAGGUUUUCAUAACUUGACGAGCCUAAAAUUGUCAAACAAUAAUAUCACAGGUGAGAUACCAUCAGAGCUUGGAAAGGCUACUGGGCUACAAGUCAUUGAUCUCUCGUCAAAUCUCCUGAAGGGGACAAUUCCAAAAGAAUUGGGGCAGUUGAAGGCGUUGUUCAACCUUGCUCUUCAUAACAACCAUCUUUUUGGUGUUGUUCCCUUUGAAAUCCAAAUGCUAUCUCAACUUAGUGCCCUUAAUUUAGCUUCUAAUAAUCUUGGUGGAUUAAUUCCAAAACAAGUGGGAGAGUGCUCAAAUUUAUUACAGUUGAACUUGAGUCAUAAUAAGUUCACAUGGAGCAUCCCAUCUGAGAUAGGCUUCCUGCAUUUUCUUGAAGAUCUAGAUCUCAGUGGGAAUCUAUUGGCAGGAGAGAUACCAUCAGAAAUUGGGCAAUUGAAACGGUUAGAAAAAAUGAACCUCUCUCACAACAAACUUUCCGGUUUGAUUCCAACUGCUUUUGUAGAUUUAGUGAGCUUGACAACUGUAGACAUCUCCUACAAUGAACUAGAGGGCCCUAUUCCCAAAAUCAAAGGCUUCAAUGAAGCUCCAUUGGAAGCUUUUAUGAAUAAUAGUGGUCUUUGUGGAAAUGUCAGUGGUCUAAAGCCUUGUACACUUCUUACAAGCAGGAGAAAGAGCAACAAAAUUGUUAUUUCGAUUCUUUUUCCUCUCCUGGGUAGUCUACUUCUACUACUUACCAUGGUUGGAUGUUUAUACUUUCGCCACCAAACAAGUAGAGAAAGAAUCUCCUUUUUAGGAGAGCGACAAAGUCCACUCAGUUUUGCAGUAUGGGGCUAUGAGGAAGAGAUCAUACAUGAAACUAUCAUCCAGGCCACUAAUAAUUUCAACUUCAAUAACUUCAUUGGGAAAGGGGGAAAUGGAAUUGUUUAUCGAGCCAUGUUGCCAACAGGUCAGGUGGUUGCCGUGAAGAAACUUCACCCAUCAAGAGAGGGCGAGCUUAUGAAUUUGAAAACUUUUAGAAAUGAGAUUCGCAUGUUAAUAGAUAUUCGACAUCGAAAUAUUGUGAAGUUAUAUGGAUUUUGUUCAUUAAUAGAGCACUCUUUUUUAGUUUACGAGUUCAUAGAAAGGGGAAGUUUGAAGAUGAAUUUAUCUAGCAAAGAACAGGCAAAGGACUUGGAUUGGAAUAGAAGGCUUAAUGUUGUUAAAGGAGUGGCCAAUGCAUUAUCCUAUUUGCACCAUGAUUGCUCGCCUCCAAUCAUUCAUCGAGACAUUUCCAGCAGCAAUGUUCUUUUAGAUUUGGAAUACGAGGCUCAUGUUUCGGAUUUUGGGACAGCUCGGCUCUUGAUGCCUGACUCGACCAACUGGACCUCAUUUGCUGGCACCUUCGGAUACACAGCUCCAGAGCUAGCUUACACAAUGAGAGUGAACGAGAAGUGCGAUGUCUACAGCUUUGGAGUGGUCACAAUGGAAGUAAUAAUGGGAAUGCAUCCGGGUGAUCUCAUCUCAUCUCUUUCUGCAUCAGCAUUUUCCUCCUCGUCGUGCUCACAAAUCAACCAGCAUGCAUUGUUGAAGGAUGUGAUAGACCAGCGUAUCCCACUUCCUGAAAAUCGAGUUGCAGAAGGUGUGGUCUCCAUUAUCAAAAUAGCAUUUGCAUGCUUGCUUGCCAAUCCCCAAUCUAGGCCAACCAUGCGACAAGUAGCUUCGAAGCUCAUAGCUCGAUGGCCUCCGCUGCCAAAGUCAUUCUCCGCAAUAACAUUGGAAGAUCUGAUGCCUCAAACAACUGUGACAGGCUGAGAAUUUUCCAAAAGAUUUUCUAUAAUUAGAUCACUUGCCACUCGUAACUCUUCGAAGUUCGCUGUCCUGUCUCCUUCACGACACCAAAAACAAUCUCCACCACCACCACCAAUGGCCGAAACAUCCGUCUCCUCCACCGUCGCCACAAUCCCACCUCCUCUACCACCAUGGAGCGAAGAAAUAGAAUGCAUCUUGGACAAUUCGCUCAGAGAAAUGCCAAUAAUUGGUGCUAAAGAUUCUAAUCCUAUACAACAAGAGGAAAGUGCAAGUACAAGCGCGUGCGCGCUCUGCUGUCUGGUGAAGAACAGAAAACUGGACCCUAUCGAGAUCAUUCAUAGAUUUGGGCAUGAUUUGGUGGUGUUAAAAGGGAGUAAAAGAGUGUGGAAUUUGAGUAAGAAAGCGAAAUAUGAUCCGGGUGUCGGUGAUUAUUUGUUUACGCCGGCCAGGGAUGUCCAUAGAGUGAAGUAUUUUGAGGAUACUGAGUUUUUUUAUCAAGUGGGAAGGGAAAUGGGAUAUCUUCUUUGAUGAAGAGAUGGAGGUUGCUAAGAGUGAAAUUGAGAAAGAAGCAGGGGAUGGGUUUGAGUUAGUAAAGUAAGACAUUGUGUGUGAUUUGAGCUUUGAAUGAUGACUUUGUUAUGGGUGUUUAAUGUUUUGUGUCUUUGGUUUUUCAUGUUGGAUGAUGAUCUUUUGCCCUGUUAAUGUUGAUGUGCAGUUAUGUAAAGAAGAAUCAUUAAAAAUGAUAAAUCAACUUUGUGUUUUGAACAA